AUGCACAGGAGCCCCAGGAUGAGAUCUGGCUGGAUUAAAGUCUCACUUCUGGUCUUUGCCGUGGCCACGGCUCUGUUAUACCUCAGCUCCAUUAAGAGGGAAGUCCAUACCCAUUCGGAGAGACUCCAGAGGGCUCACCACAACGACUCCAUCAGGGGUCAGGGAAUGCUCAACAGGAUGGACAAGAUGGAAGCAGACAUCAACAGGCUGCUAAACGCAAUGAAUAAACUGGAGAAGAAGGAACCGGCGCCACAGAUUGCGGAGGUGAAGAAAGAGAGGAAGGUGGUGAAGAAGCUCUACCCGAACUCGGCCCUGUUCAGCAAGUGGGGUGACGAGCUCUCAGAGGAGGAGCAGAAGGAGGCUGAGAACUUGUUUCAGAGAUACGGCUACAACGCCUUCGUCAGCGACAGGCUGCCCCUCAACAGAGACAUCCCUGAUACCAGGCCCCCCAGGUGUGCUGAGAAGAAGUAUCCGGAGGAUCUGCCAAGCAUCAGCGUUGUGUUAAUCUACCUGGACGAAGCUCUUUCUGUCAUUAAAAGGGCCGUCCGCAGCAUCAUAGACAAGACACCAGCCCGGCUUCUGAAGGAGAUCAUAUUGGUGGACGAUCACAGCAGCAACGAGGAUUUAAUGGAGAAACUGGAUGAAUACAUCAACUCUGUCCAUGAGGAGUGUCCAGGCCUGGUGAAGAGAGUCAGGCACUCGGAGCAGCUCGGCCUCACCCAGGCCAGACUGUCGGGAUGGAAGGCUGCUGUAGGGGACGUGGUGGCCAUCCUGGAUGCUCACAUAGAAGUUCAUGUGCAAUGGGCAGAGCCACUGUUAGCUCGAAUCAAAGAGGACCGGACGGUGAUAUUGACACCGGUGUUCGACAGGGUAAAUUUUGAUGACUUGACAUUGACUCCGUACACACCUGCGGCAGAUGCCUUUGACUGGGCUCUGUGGUGCAUGUACGAGUCCUUCAGACCCGAGUGGUACGCUUUAAAGGACGCAUCACAGCCUGGCAAGAGCCCCUCCAUCAUGGGGAUUCUUGUAGCUGAUCGCAAGUUCUUUGGAGAGAUCGGAAGCCUCGAUGGAGGAAUGAAAAUAUAUGGUGGUGAAAAUGUGGAGCUCGGCAUCCGGGUGUGGCUAUGUGGAGGAAGCGUGGAAGUUAUACCUUGUUCUAAAAUUGCCCACAUUGAACGGGCCAGAAAGCCUUAUCUCCCAGAUUUGAGUGUAAUGAUGAAACGUAAUGCACUGAGGGUGGCAGAGGUGUGGCUGGAUGAAUAUAAAUAUAAUGUCAACAUUGCCUGGAACCUUCCCAUAGAGAACCAUGGGAUAGACAUUGGGGAUGUGUCUGAGAGGAAAAAGCUGAGAGAGAGGCUGAAUUGCAAGCCUUUCAAGUGGUAUAUUGAUAAUGUAUACCCCAUGCUGGAGCCUCUGCGUGACCUGAUAGGUUACGGAGUGCUGAUUAAUGACCUGAAACCAGACCUCUGUGUUGACCAAGGUCCAAUGCCUGGAAACACACCCAUUUUGUAUACCUGCCACCACUUCUCACCGCAGCACUGUUAUUAUCGCUCCAAUGGACAAAUCUACAUUGGUGGAAUCAAAUCUCACAAGUAUAACAGCAACCGCUGUCUGGUGGACACCGGCACUGGACUCUACCCCGGACUGUACGAGUGCAAAAUAGCCCAGCAGAAGUUCCACAUGCUGUGGGACUUUAAACAAAAUGGACCUAUCCAGAACAGAGACACAAAGAGAUGUCUGGAAGUUGCGAUCGGUCAAGACGGAUAUUAUAAGCUUGUUGUUCAGCAGUGCAGUGCUCAGAGCUGGAAGAUCCAAAAUCUCAUCAAAGACCCCUGA